CAAACUCCCCCAAUUUGGUUCAGAAAAGCGAAAAAUCGAGCACCCACCUGGCGAGAACAUAAACCAAACCUCGCACCAUAGUCAAUCAAUCACCCCUUUCUAUCUCUCUCUCUCAUCUUUCUCUCUCUACAGCUACGAAAAUGUCUCCGAAGCCAUCAGAGAACGGAACCGAAGGCGAUGACGAGAGGGAAGAAGGCGAAGAAGAUACAGAAGAGGACAAGGAUGAAGAAGAAGAAGAAGAGGAGGAAGAUGAGCCGAGGCUUAAGUACCAGAGAAUGGGAGGCACCGUGCCUUCUCUUAUAUCGAGUGACGCCGCUUCUUGUGUUGCCGUUGCGGAACGGAUGAUCGCUCUUGGUACACAUGGUGGUUCUGUUCAUAUUCUUGAUUUCCUUGGCAAUCAGGUUAAGGAAUUUCGAGCUCAUACGGCUGCUGUCAAUGAUCUUUGCUUUGACAUAGAUGGUGAAUUUGUUGGAAGUUGUUCAGACGAUGGGUCUGUUGUGAUUAUCAGUCUUUUCACCGAUGAGAUUCAGAAAUUUGACUAUCAUCGCCCUAUGAAGGCCAUUGCAAUAGAUCCAGAUUACGCACGGAAAGCAUCUAGGAGAUUUGUUACUGGUGGUUUGGCUGGAAAUUUAUAUUUUAAUGUGAAAAAAUGGUUAGGCUACCGGGACCAGGUUUUGCAUUCUGGGGAAGGUCCUAUCCAUGCAGUGAAAUGGAGAACAAGUCUAAUUGCGUGGGCUAAUGAUGCCGGAGUAAAAGUUUAUGAUGCUGCUAAUGAUCAACGUGUUACAUUUAUUGAGAGACCCAGAGGAAGCCCACGGCCUGAGCUUCUGCUUCCCCACUUAGUUUGGCAGGAUGAUGCUCUCCUUGUUAUUGGCUGGGGAACAACUAUAAAAAUUGCAUCAAUAAAAACUAAUCAGGCCAGAGGUGUCAAUGGCUCAUAUAGGCAAAUUACAACCUCCAACAUGAACCAAGUUGAUAUUGUGGCAUCUUUUCAAACCAGCUAUUUCAUAUCAGGGGUCGCUCCCUUUGGUGACUCUUUGGUUGUUCUAGCUUAUAUACCGGGGGAAGAAGAUGGAGAGAAAGAAUUUAGCAGCAGUGUUCCAUCACGACAGCAGGGGAAUGCUCAAAGACCAGAAGUGCAUGUAGUGACUUGGAACAAUGACGAGCUUGCGACAGAUGCUUUACCUGUACUCGGCUUUGAGCAUUACAAGGCAAAAGAUUAUUCUCUUGCUCAUGUUCCUUUCACAGGUAGCAGCUAUGCAGGGGGUCAAUGGGCGGCUGGUGAUGAACCAUUAUACUAUGUUGUAUCACCAAAAGAUGUAGUUAUUGCCAAACCGAGGGAUGCAGAGGAUCAUAUUAAUUGGCUUCUUCAACACGGAUGGCAUGAGAAAGCUUUGGCAGCUGUUGAAGCUGGGCAGGGGCGUAGUGAGCUCCUUAAUGAGGUGGGGUCGAGGUAUCUGGAUCAUUUGAUUGUGGAAAGGAAAUAUGCUGAAGCAGCUUCUUUAUGUCCCAAAGUGUUGCGAGGUUCUGCAGCAGCAUGGGAGAGAUGGGUUUUCCACUUUGCUCAUCUCCGCCAGCUUCCUGUAUUGGUCCCAUACAUCCCAACAGAGAACCCAGUACUACGUGAUACUGCUUAUGAGGUUGCUCUUGUAGCUCUGGCAACAAUUCCAUCUUCCCACAAGGAUCUCCUAUCUGCUGUGAAAUCUUGGCCACCUGUAAUAUACUCCGUAGUGCCUGUUAUUGCAGCUAUAGAGCCCCAACUCAACACGUCAUCCAUGACUGACGAACUCAAAGAGGCACUGGCAGUGCUCUAUGAAAAUGAUGGGCAAUAUGAGAAAGCUUUUGCACUUUAUGCUGAUCUUAUGAAGCCAGAUAUCUUUGAGUUUAUCGAGAAGCAUAGCUUGCAUGAUGCCAUUCGUGAGAAGGUCGGCCAGCUGAUGCUGAUUGAUCAUAAACGUUCAGUCGCACUGUUAAUCCAGCACAGGGACUUGAUUACUCCCGCUGAAGUUGUUUCCCAACUUCUGGCUUCAAGAAAGCAAAGCAAUUCUAGAUACUAUCUGCAUGAGUAUUUGCAUUCACUAUUUGAAGUCAACCCUCAUGCUGGCAGAGAUUUUCAUGAUAUGCAGGUUGAGCUUUAUGCGGAGUAUGAUCAAAAGAUGCUGCUUCCUUUCCUUCGCAGCAGUCAGCAUUACAUGCUUGAAAAGGCCUACGAAGUUUGUGUUAAGAGGGAUCUAUUAAGCGAGCAGGUUUUCAUUCUUGGAAGAAUGGGGAACACAAAGCAAGCCCUUGCUGUUAUUAUAGACAAACAGGGGGAUAUAGAAGAGGCUGUAGAAUUUGUCAGUAUGCAGCAUGAUGACGACCUGUGGGAAGAACUUAUUAGACAAUGUCUUAAUAAGCCCGAAAUGGUAGGUGUUUUGUUAGAGCAUACUGUCGGCAAUCUUGAUCCUCUCUAUAUUGUCAAUAUUGUACCCAAUGGCUUGGAGAUCCCUCGGCUGAGGGACCGUUUAGUCAAAAUUAUCACUGAUUACAGGACGGAAACUUCUCUAAGACAUGGUUGUAACGAUAUACUCAAGGCUGAUAUCGUUAAUCUUUUAGUCAAAUAUUACAAAGAAGCAAGACGUGCAAUAUACCUAAGCAACGAAGAAAAGGAAACACGUUCAAACAUGGACAAUGGGAGCAGUAAUCCAAUGGACAGAACCCCGGUCCUGAAAUCAAUGGAGGGUAAAUCAAAAACCCAAGCAGGCGGAAGGUGUUGCAUCUGUUUCGACCCUUUGUCCAUUCAGGGUGCAUCAGUUAUCGUAUUCUUUUGCUGUCAUGCGUACCACUUGAAUUGUCUUUUGGAUUCAACCAACUCCAUUACCACCAAAAAAGGGGAAUCUGCUAACUCUUAUACUAAUGGUGAUUAUAUUGAUGACGACGAGGAUGAUGAAAAUGACAACGAUACCCCUACGGGUGCCUCUCGGAUGCGAUGCGUAUUGUGUACCACAGCUGCUGGUUGAUGAUCUUUUUUUUUUCCUAUGUGUAGUGUUUGUAUAUUAUGUAUUGGUGUUAUUUAAUUGGGGGGUGGAGUGGAGUGUAAGGGGUUGGUUUUGGAGGAAAUGAGGCUUUUUGUAGUUUAAAUUAAAGAGAGAUUCGACUUAUGAGAAGUCAUUGAUGUGUUUAUUCCCUUGAAUUCCCAACAGGAGGAAGGAAUUAUACAAGUAAAAUUUAUGUGUUCAUUUGUAACUC